AUGUAUGAAGGGGUUCCGCUGAAAUGGAAAUUCAAUUCCAUGUCAAAGAGAUCCAGUAGUUCUAGCACUUCCUCAGCUUUCAAGCCAGAGCAAAAGCAAUACUUUGAGCUUGUAUUUGACUUGCAGCACAAAGAAAAGGUAAUAAAUUUGUACUUGCCUUAUGUUUUAGAGACAUUUGAGGCUAUGAAAAACGAACGGAAGAUUGUCAAGCUGCAUACACUUGUGAGAAUAGAUGCUUUUAAAAUAAGAUGGGAGGCAAUCAAUCUCGAACACCCCGCAACAUUCCAGAAGGUAGCCAUGGAACCAGAGCUGAAGAAAACGGUUUUGGAGGACUUGGACAGGUUUGUUAAGAGGAAAGAGUUCUAUCAAAGUGUGGGAAGGGCUUGGAAGCGAGGGUACCUUCUAUAUGGUCUCGGCACAGGGAAAUCAUCCCUAAUAGCUGCCAUGGCUAAUUACCUCAAGUUUGAUGUUUAUGAUUUGCAACUCACGCAUUUGAAAACAGAUAUGGAACUGAGAAAAGUAUUGCUGUCAACAUCAAACAAGUCGAUCCUUGUUAUUGAGGAUAUAGAUUGUAGCCAGCCAGGGGUGCAAGAUCGAAAAAAUGCUAAUGGCAUCAGAAAGCCUGAGUUAGAAGGCAAUCAGCUUACACUAUCUGGACUGCUAAACUUCAUAGAUGGGCUUUGGUCAAGUUGUGGAGAGGAGAGAAUCGUUGUGUUCACUACCAAUCACAAGAGCAAGCUUGACCCCGCAUUGCUGCGUUCGGGACGAAUGGACAUGCACAUCCACAUGUCAUAUUGCACCUACGAAGGCUUCAAAAUUUUGGCUUGUAAUUACCUCAGAACUUGUGAACAGAAGCACCCUUUGUUUGAGGAGAUUGAAAGCCUUCUGAAGAAAACAAAGGUCACUCCUGCACAAGUGGCAGAGCAGCUGAUGAAGAGUGAGGAGGCUGAAGUUGCUCUUCAAGGUUUGAUCACACUGUUAAAGCAAAAGAAAAACCAAGGGAAAGAUGAGUAUCAGGAGGAAGAUGAAUAUGAAGCUCAGCAGAUAAAACGGCAGUUUAUCCAACAGUUUGAGGACACACAUGAAGGCAUUGAGCUCAAAUGGAAGCUCAAUGCCCUGUCCAAGAGAAAAGAGUUCGAGUUUUCCUUUGAUGUGGGCCACAAGGACAAAGGGGAGCAGUCUGCUUGCCUUCCUUAUUUAAUGGAGAGAUUUAAGGUCAUGAACGAGGAAGCAAAGAUUGUGAAGCUGCACACUUGCAAGCUCAGAUGGUUCUAA